AAUCGUGGGGGUUGAGCACAGCUGUUUAAAUUUUCACUCCUGACCCGAGAGGGGAUGGAUUUGAGGUGGAAAAGGCAGGAGAGCCCCGGAGCUCCGGGCUGUGCCCGCGGUCUCUCCCAGCAGGAAACGCUGCAGACUGGUUUCUGGGGUGGUUUUGUGCUCGGUUCCUGGUUUUGGUCAGUCCCAGCCCGGCUGCGUUUGGCUGCCAGCGGAGCCAGGGCAGGCUUUGCCCUGCGGUGAAACCCUGACACAUCCGGAUUGGAUUUUGCGCUGAAGGUGGUUCAGUGGUCGGAGUCGGAGACGGUUCGGCUGCAGCUCUGGGACAUUGCAGGGCAGGAACGCUUCACGUCCAUGACGCGCCUCUACUACCGGGAGGCCUCGGCCUGCGUCGUCAUGUUCGACGUCACCAACGGCAGCACCUUCAGCAACAGCCAGAAGUGGAAGCAGGACCUGGACAGCAAACUGGCGCUGCCCGACGGGAGCCCCGUGCCCUGCCUGCUGCUGGCCAACAAGUGUGACCUUUCCCCCUGGGCAGUGACCAGGGAAGAAGUCGAUCGGUUCAGCAAAGAAAACGGAUUUUCAGGAUGGGUGGAGACGUCUGUGAAGGAGAACAAGAACAUCAACGAGUCCAUGAGGGUUCUGAUCGAGAAGAUGAUGUCCUCAUCCUUGGGAGAUGGAAGCUCCUCCUCUGCUGGGACUGGGGAUUACAUCAACAUCAAGGAGACGUCUCCUCCAGGCUGGGCCUGCUGCUGAAGCCGCUCCAGCACUGCUGGGCUUCUCCUCAUCAUCCCCACUCACCAUCACCAUCAUCACCUGUCACUGGUUUGGGGUUUUUCUCCCCUAUGAUUUUGAACUUGGCUCCUGUUCAGUGACUGUUUCCUCAGCAGGGCACUGAGGAGUGACUCGGAGUGAGGAAUGGAAGGAGCAGGAGUGGGAAGAUUCCUCUUUUUCCCCCGUGGGAGCUGUGCUGCUCUGCUGGAGCACAAUCCACGUCCAAGCAGUGCCUUGGAUCACGCUGAAUUUUUAUUUUAUACAUAAAUUCUGAGCACUUCCUCCUCUGGCAGUGCUGGCCUGGCCCAGGCAGGGCUGUCAGAGGGAUUUUCCCAUUUUCUGCACCUUUCCCCCCUCCCUCUGGGGACACACCCCGAGCCCCGGUGGUGCCUGUGGAUUCUCCCCAGCUUUGGGAUUGCAGCCAGCUCCUCCCUCCCUGCUCUGGAGCGAUGGAUCCGUGUCCUGGAGGGUCCAGCACAUCCCAUCCCUGCCACCACCCCCUCCCCAGGACGGAGCUGGACGUGGAUCAGUGCUGUGAAAUUCUGGGGGGGGAUGAAUUUGGGGAGCUGGGGCAGCGCCACCCUCGCUCCCCUGGGCUCUGCCUGCCGAGCAGGGACCCCAAAAUUCCGUCAGGAAUUGCUCCUGCCCUUCCUCCUCACCCCCUGUGCCUCCCUCCUGCUCUGCUGCCCCUUUAUUGGGGCAGGGGGCUGUAAAACCCCUUUUGUGUGGCCCCACGAGGGCCCUUUGCACUUUUGGGAUGGCUUCCACCCCUCACCCCAAACAGUUUUUUGGCAAGUGCUGCUGAAUUGCCUUCCCACCAUUCUCCUGCAGCCAGGAGGGGAUUUGGGGUAGGAAACAGCUCCCUAAAAAAAAAAACAACCCUGCUGUUUUAGUGGGGCUGGGGAAGAGGAGGAGGAGGAGGAAAAGACUUUGUGGGAUGAAAGGAAAGGAAGGAACCACUCCCCAUUUCCCUUUGCUGCCACUUCUCCCCCCACACAUCCCAGAUAUCCAUGGUGGAGGGCAGUUCUGGCCAAAAGAAGAAAAAAAAAAAAAAGGUACAAAUUGAGGAGAAUUUGUAGGAAACUCGCAGUUCAGGGCUGCACUUUGGGGUGUUUAAUUCUGGAUUUUGCUGUUCCACGAUUCACUGGUGGUACGCAAUCACCCCGCUCGUGUUUUGGGUUUGGAUUUCAGCAAAAGGCCUUCAAUAAUUGGGGUUUUUUUUUGGUUGGAACUUGUUGUUGUUUUUUUUUUUUUACCUCCUUGAGUGGUUUAACUGGAAAACAGGACUGGAAAUGGCUGUGUCCCGGUUCCUGCUUCGCUCUGGCAAAUUUUUCCUCCUGCCUGUCGUGUGUAGAGGGAGGAGUUGGUAAAGCAGGCACCCAUCGCCUUCACCAAAAAAUCUGAGUUUUCAUUCUCUGCAGCUGGAAAGAACUUCAAAUUAAACAGUGAGGGUUGAGAAAUUUAGAAUUACUCGUGCUCCACUGUAUAAAUGAAAAGCUGAAAUACCUGGGCUUGGGUUCUGCCGUGCAAAUAUUGCCAGAUUUGGGGUUUGAGGUGCUUAAAAAUUACCCUUUUCUGCCCCCUUGGCUUUAGGAACAGGGAGAACCGGUUAGCAACAAAUUUGAAGUGCCUUGCUGAAUUUUACUGCAUUGUCUUAAACAAAAAAAAGAAAAAGAAAAAAAAAUAAUGGCUUUUAAUCCUAUAAAUAUUUAAUCCUAUAGAUAUUUCUAGUUCUUUGUAGAAAACGUGAGAAGUGCCUCAUUUUUUAAAGCAGCUGUCACUAAACCCCUUAAGAUUCAAGCGUUAUUUAUUGAUAAUUUUGUGCCCGCACCUUGGAGUGUUUCAGCAAAGAACAAAGAGCUCUCCUUGGGGCUGGAAAACCCUGCCCAGGCCCCGCUCACUGCUCAGAGCAGCUGAGAAUUCCCAAAUUCCUGCUCCAGUUAGACAGUGGUGGGGUGGUUUGGGUGGGAAGGAUUUUCCAGAUUCCCCCCAGUGCCACCCCUGCCGUGGGCAGGGACAUUUCCACUGUCCCAGGCUGCUCCAAAUCCCAUCCAGCCCGGCCCGGGAUCCACGUUUCUUUGGAUAAUCUGUUCCAGGGCCUCCUCACAAGGAAUUCCUGGGAAUUCUGCGGGAGAACUUCGUUCCGUCGUUCCUUCCUGCGCCUCCUCCUCCAGAAGUGCCGCUGAGAAUCCUCCAAAAACCCAGAGGAAGGUUUUUAUAAAAAUCGAUUUCACUAUGCUACCCGUUGCUUUCCAGUCCCCAGGUGUGCCCUGGGGAGGUUUCUUGCCUUUUUUUUCCCCACGUUUACUGUUGGCUAGCGUCUGAAAAAAAUGUCAGAUAAAACCCGCCACGAGCCGCACAAAAGGAAGAGUCGUUGCUUGAGCCGGUUGUAAGAACCCCAAGCAGACAGGAAAACGAUUUCCCUGGCAGCUGUGAGCGUUUGCAGAGAUCUCCCCCUGCUUAAAAAAAGCCAAGCAAACCCCAAAAAUUAAUGCCCCUGGAUUAAAACAGCUUCAAAAUCCCCAUCCAGGGGCUGUGCCCAGCUCGUGCCAGCUGGAAUAAUUCUGGUUUUAAGGACAACUGCGAGGGGAGAGCCCAGAAAUGUCUUCAUUUAACUUCUGUUGAUGUGGGUGGGUAAAAAAACCCAAUCAUUCAAAUAGGAAUCAGAAACUGUCUUUAUUCCGCUUCACUCGUGGCCUCCUCAGGAAUGAGCACUUUGGGAAGUGAAAGAAUUUAUUUUUUCCUUGCUUUCACUCUGUGUCCUCUGUGUGACUUCUGGGCAGACUGUUCCCAUUUCCUUCUCGUUUCUCCUUCCUGGAAUUUCAAUUUGUGGCCCUGAGACUCAAAACCACGCGAAUUUCAAGGUGGAUUUUGUGAAUUUUGUGAAUUGGUGGCUGCCACACAGCUGGAGAAUUUUACUGCAGCCUCAGUGGGUCAACAAUAUCAAAAUUUAGCUUUUUUUUUUUUUUUUUUUUUAAUUGCUUGCUGUUAAACAAGUAUUUUAGAGGCAGGGCCUUGAGCAUCGUAAAAUUCAGUAUUGUGGUUGUGUAAAGAGGAAAAAGUGGAUUUUAACCACGUCAAUCAGUCAGUGGUGCAGCAUUGCAAGGGUUUGAAAUUAAAAUUUGACAGUGCUCGGCUGGUAGUUGUCAUUUUGCUGCCUCAGCGGCCCCAAGAAAUGAGUUUACAAGUUGGAAUUAGGAAUAAAAACAACAAAAAUGUACAAAA